UUUAUAGGAGGAGCAUAUCCGACUACAGGAACAAUCGGCCUCAGCUACACGUCUAAAUGAAAAUCCUGAAACUCGUUUUGCACAGCGAAGGUUAAGGUACAUCCGUAAAGGGUGCUCCAUAAAAAUGGGGAAGAAAGGUGAUGAGGCCAGCGCUAUGGCCCAGGAGUCACCUUCAUUGAGUGCUGGAAGAUUUUGCCUCACUUUACAGAAAGUUGUGGUCUCCAUGAAAAGGGAUCUUAUUGUCACCUUUACACUCGAUGGAAUUGAGAAGGUUUCGAAUGUAGAUAAAAACUUCACAGAAGAAAUCAAUGAUGUACACUUGUGGGAACGAGACAUACCGCUAUUGGACGACAGUGUUCUCGUCAUCAAGAUCGUCUCCAAGGAAAAACUCAUGAAGAACAAGCUGGUUGGAGAAUGUGUUUACUCUCUGAGAUCCAUUGCCAUGGCUUCCACUGCGCAGUCAGCGGAGGUUAAAACCUCUGUAAAGGAUGCAUCUGGUAAACAGACUGACAACUUCUUACAGUUUAAGUUGGAUUACGUUAAACCAAAUCUGGAUCCUGACGAGGCUGCAGCGGGCGGAGGGGCAGCAGCUUUAACUGAUGUUGAAAAGACCAAAAUCUCCAAAAAGGAAGCUGCCAAACUUAAAUCAUCAACGACGUCAGCACAAAGAAGAGCCCUACUGGAUAGGGCCAACCUACCUACAAAACCCCAGGAUUUCCAGAUCAGGGUGUUUGUUCACGAAGCUAGAAAUUUGUUCGGGGGAAAUCUUCAUCCAGUUACCAAUGUGAAUAUAGGAAAGAUGGGAAAGCACACUCGGGUACAAAGGUCAACUGCAAAACCUAAGUGGGAAGAGUGCUUGAUCUACGAUUUCAACAUGUCUCCGGCGGAACUAGUAGACAUGCCCAUCCUCAUAGAAGUUCUCAACUCUAAGAAGAUGAGAUCUGAUUGUCUGGUAGGAUCCUUUAAGUUCGAUGUUGGAGAGGUAUACGUCUACUCAGAUCACACAUUCUGGCACAAGUGGAUCCUCCUAACUGACCCUGAUGACAAAGAGUCCGGAGUGAAGGGUUAUGUUCUGGUUUCAAUCUCCAUCCUGGGACCUGGUGACAAGAUCAAGUCACCUCCCAAGCUCAGUAAUGCAGAUGAGAUCGAUAUGGAGUCGAAUGUUCUGCAGCCUGCUGGGGUCCAGUUGCAGCCCUGCACUUACACCAUCAGGGUUUACAAAGCAGAGGAUCUACCUGAGAUGGACAGUGACGCGUUUGACGGUGUGAAAAGAGCAUUCGGGAUGCAGCACGAAGGAAUCGACAAGGUGGAUCCGUACGUGGUGGUAAGUUUUGCUGGAAAGAAACUGAAGACAAACGUGAUCUACAACAGUUACAGUCCGGUAUGGAACCAGGAGCUGAAUAUGGGUAUUCAGAUUCCUACCAUGUGCGAACAGCUCAUGCUCAAAGUCAUGGACAAAGAUCACUUGAAUAGAGACGACGUGGUGGCAACUAGUUUUCUCCACCUUACUAGACUUUCCUCUGAGGAUACAGACGAUGAAGGAUUUUUACCGACUUUUGGACCAGCCUUUGUCUGUUUCUAUGGAAGUCCCAGAGAAUUCAGAAAUAUGAGCAUGGAUUUAGGGGGUCUUGAUAAAGGACUUGGAGAAGGAUGUUCAUUCAGAGGGAGACUCCUUGUACAACUGACUGUUACGCAAGGCCGCUAUCCCAACCACGACGAGUACAUCAAGCCAAUAGAUCACGACGACCUGUAUGCCUGUCAGCAGUUCCAGCGGAGACGGAAGUACAGAACUUUUGUAGGGUUUCUGGAGGGCUGCAUGAUCAAUCCUGUUGAUGGUCCCAUUGAGUUUGAAGUUACCAUGGGAGACUAUGGUAACAAGUAUUCAGUUGGCCAUGCUGCCAUGGCCUCACCCUCGACCACCCAGCCUCAGAACGCUGUCUACGACGGACAGUCCUACUACUACAUGCCGUGGAGGGAUGUAAAGCCUUGUGUCAUGCUUAUUUCUCAUUGGGAGGACAACACUUUCAGGAUAGAGUCCCUCAACUUCCUGCUUAAAAUUAUUGACACUUUGGAGCAAAACAUAAAAACAGUUGGACUGAUGAUAAGAUCUGAAGCGCCUAUCGAAGACAGCGCUAGAAGUCUCAUGGCCUUGUUAGACAACCUCAUUGAUGAUCUUAACAAGGACUUACUGGAUCUCCCCACUAACUACACCAACCUUGAUGAAAAGAUGUACCGACUUAGAUAUGAUGACAUGAGAACUAUAUCAGACGAGGCUAAAGAACUGAGAGAGAAUGCUGUGGAUUUAGAAGCAGCGUUAGAAGAAAUAGAAAACUACAAAUCGAGGCUAAACACUAUUGCUGUCGAGCCGCAAAACAGUAUCCCUGAUCUAAUAAUCUGGAUGCUGGUGGGCGGGAGACGAGAAGCCUACAUCAGGAUACCAUCUCACGAAAUAAUGUAUUCUAAUGGAGAAGAUGCUAUUGGGAUGAAGUGCGGCAAGACUUCCACAUAUCUUCUGAAAAAACCUUGUAUGACAGAUAGAAUCAAUCACAAGUCCAACUGGCUGUUGCCAGCUAAAUUACAACUUUUCAUCUGGAUGGGGUUGGACGAUGCUGCAAAAAGCAUUCAACAUCGGCCAUAUGAUGGAGAGAUUUCUGUGUUUGCCGAAACGUACGAGAACAUGGUAUUUGUGCCGCCGGGGUGGACCACCAAGAUGAUGACCAGGCCAAAGUGGUCUGAUUCCACUGGAAAACUAAAGCUCCCCAAAUACUGCUUUGAGACACCAAGUGGUUGGCUCUGGGACGAUGACUGGUUCAUCAAACCUCAAGUCACGUCGACUGACACGGACAGUUCCAUAAUGACAUUCCAAGAUGACGUGUACGAAACAGUUACCAGAUUACCAGGAGGUAACUGGACCAGCGGUGAGGUUACCUGGGAGACCAACCUGGGCGAGGAGCACGUGGCAAAGGAAGCCAUCAUGCCUCCUAAUGGCUGGGAAUGGAAUGAUAGCUGGCAGGUGGAUUUGAGUAGAGCUGUUGACGAAGUUGGUUUUGAGUACUGUCUGGAUCACACAGUUACUGGCUAUGUCCCUGUCGAGAAGACAUACCACCUUCACCGACGAAGAAGAUGGGUCAGAAAUCGAAAAAGAAAUCCAGAUAUAAGACAGAGGGCUGUGCAGGAGAAGAUAAGGGAAGAGGCAAAAGAAGGGUGGGAGUAUGCUCGAUUGUGGGGCAGUAAGUUCCACUUCAAGCAACGGAAGAUCGAUCUUGUCCGGCGGAGAUUGUGGCUCCGGAAGAUGGUAACUUCAAACCCCGACGCGGAACCAAUCUUUACUUUCACGGAGGAUCUUCAUCUGAGUAAUGAAAAUUUGGAUCAGACUGGGCAGAAAGCUGGUCAAAUUCCGGCUUUUUAUUCACCUAGAAUGUACAUCACCUACAGAGAGUCGCACAAAUACCAACUGAGAGCAUACCUGUACCAGGCGCGUGACCUCAUCAGUGAGGAUGCAUCGGGUCUCUCCGAUCCAUACGCCAAGAUCAUCUACGGCAACCAGUCGAAAGCUACCAAGAUUAUCCCAGAGACGCUGUGUCCGACUUGGGAUCAGACUGUUAUUCUGGAUGGAAUCGAGAUAUGGGGGUGUCCUGAGGAAGUGAGCCAACACCCACCCUCCGUCGUAUUGGAACUGUUUGAUUACGAUCCUGUGGGCCACGAUUUCCUGGGACGAAGUGUAGUAAACCCGAUGGUAGUGAUAUUCGCGGAGGACGCAAUGACCUGCAGACUAAACUGGUACCCGAUACAAAGAGGUCCUAACCCUGGUGGGGAGAUAUUAGCCGCUUUCGAGCUUUACUUGAACGACGAAGACGAUAACAUUCUACCCUCGCUUCCUCCAAUGAUGGAUGAAACAUACCAAGUAGCUGCAGCUAUUGCUCCAGAGAUGCAACACACUAGAAUUGAGAUUCUAACGUGGGGUGUGCGGAACAUGAAGAAGUUCCAGCUCUCUGCCAUCAACAAUCCUAGUAUAGAGAUAGAGUGUGGUGGUGUUGUCAAGAGCACUAACAAGAUUAAAAACGCUAAGAAGAACCCUAAUUUUGAUACCAGUUCUCUCUUCUUCGAUGUGUACCUACCGAUAGAGGAACUGUACAUGCCGCCUCUGAACAUCAGACUACUGGAUCACCGAACCUUUGGUCUGAAACCACUUGUUGGUACCCACACCAUUCAGAGUCUCAAGGAUUACAGACGCGACCCUGUGGCUCAAUACCAAGCUAUACGAGACAAAAUGCUCAUUGAUGGGUUUGGAGGUACAGAUUCGGAAUAUGAAAUGGAACGAGGAAGAGAAUCUCCAGAUGGUGGUUUCUCCAACGCUUCUACAUAUAAAUCCUUACUUGAUUCUGCUUCCAAAACUUUUAAAGGUGCGUCAGACACAGUUAAAGGAGGAACCGGCACUUCAACCGGGACCAGAAAGUCAGUGUACUCCUGGUUCAGCAACGGAGACGGGGAGAGUGACGAGGACUCGGACUCCGCCUGGGAACCUCCCUUCUUUGGGGAUGACGAGGAGGACCAGUUGGUGGAUGAUCUGGACUGGUGGAGCAAGUACUACGCUUCUAUUGGCGACGAGAACUUAGGAAGAGUUUAUAAUGAGAAAGGGUACGAAUCAAUGGAAUAUUUCGAAGAGUUGGAGCUACGAUUUGGAAACUUCAAAGAUCUUGCAGAAUCCUACCCCAUUUGGCACGGCAAGCACGACGAAUUGCAGCCAGAACUUGAUAGAGCUGUCGGGCACUUCAAGGGAACGUUCAGAAUCUACCCGUUACCAGCAGAUGGGAGCGAGCCCCCUCCCAGAAUGUUACAAAACGCUCCCAGUAACGAAACUAUCGAGCUCAAAGUUCGAGUGUAUGUCAUCAAGGCCAAAGAUCUCCAACCCCAAGAUCCAAACGGAUUCAGUGAUCCAUAUCCAGCUGUAAAGUUAGGAAAGACGAAGAUCAGAGACAGAGAUAACUACAAACCUAAAUGUUUGGAGCCCAUGUUCGGAUUGGUUUACGAGCUGGACUGCACCAUUCCCCUGGAAUCUGAACUGAAGGUCCAGAUAUUUGACUAUGAUUACAUGUCUGGAGAUGAUCUGAUUGGAGAAACUAAGAUAGAUCUCGAGAACAGAUACUUAAGUACUCACAGAGGCAUUUGUGGCUUACCUAAACGAUACUACACGGCUGGUCCGUUCAAGUGGCGAGACUGCCAGACUCCCAAGGAGAUUCUAGAGGAAUGGUGCUCGACCCAGGUUCUCAGUCCGCCCAUGUGGUCAGGAAACUGUCGGGUAAAGGUAGCUGGGGUUCUGUACCUCCUCUCUGAUUACGAAGUAAAAGGGAAGGUUCACAAAGAUUGGGGACCUGCUGAUGAGCGGUUAGCGUUGUACGUACUCCUUGACAACAAACUGGUUCCAGAACAUAUUGAACAGAGGACUCUUUACAACCCACUGCGACCCGAAAUAUCUCAGGGUGUUAUCGAAUUGUUUGUGGACAUAUUUCCCAAGAGCCGCGAGAUCCCGGGUCCUAUAAACAUUACACCCCGUGCCCCUCAAGACUUGGAACUGAGGGUUAUCAUAUGGAACUGCUCCGAUGUGGUAUUAUCGGAUAUAAGCAUGACGGGCGAACUGAUGAGUGAUAUCUAUGUAAAAGGAUGGUUAAAGGGUCAAGACAAGAAACAGAGGACUGAUGUGCACUAUCGGUCACUUAACGGAGAGGGAAACUUUAACUGGAGGUUGAUAUUCCCGUUCAAGUACCUACCGGCAGAAGAAGUGAUGGUUAUCAAGAAAAAAGAACACUUUUAUUCUAUCGACAAGCACGAAGAAAAGCACCCUGCUAUAUUCUGCGUCCAGAUUUGGGAUAACGACAUCUUUCACGCGGACGAUUUCUUGGGUGUUCUUGAGUUAAAUCUGAAUAAAAUGCCGAAACCUGCAAAAUUCGCAAAAACUGUCUCAUUGGACGAUCUUAUAGACAAUGAUAAAGGGAAGGAAGUUCAAGUGAUCUCCUUGUUUGACCAGAAGAAUAUUAAGGGUUGGUGGCCCUGUUACUGUGACUACGACCCCUCCAUUCCCAGAGAGUUAACUGGCAAGAUUGAAAUGGAAGUGGAAAUACUGACUAAAGAAGACGCCGAGACCAAACCUGCUGGCAAAGCGAGAGACGAACCAAACGAAAACCCUAAACUUAAACCACCAGAUCGGCCUGCCACGUCUUUCAGUUGGUUCUCAUCACCGUGGAAGUCCAUGAGAUACAUUCUCUGGGCUAACUACAAGUGGUAUAUAAUUGGAGGGCUGCUUAUUCUUCUUGUAAUAGCUUUCGUUUUGAUAUUCUUGUACAGCCUACCGGGAGGCGUUGCAGACAUGUUGAUGGCUAAAUUUUGAACCUCUUAGAAAUAAAAAGUAAUAUAAAUCAGCUGAAAUGGAGUGAUCAAGGGCAAGUGCUGCAUUCACAGAAACUUGAAGACGAACCGAGAUUGCCAUCCAACAUUAUAACAGUGUUUUGAAGUUAAAGAAAGUUUUAGUGGGACUAAUUUUGCCGUGAUGCUGUUGAAUCUUAUGAAAUUUUUGAAAAUUGACCCAUAUAAAUAUGUAGACUAACUUAUUUGUGAGUUCACGAACAACUAUUUGUAAAUUAUGGUGAAAAUGAAUUUCAUAAAAAAUUAUAGUCUCGGAUUAUUGAUUGUUGAA